GAAGAUAGAAUUCGGUUUGUGUAUGUUUGUGUGAUUGCUGGGUUGGUAGUGGCUAAGGAUGAAAACAAAGCUAUACCACAUUCAUACAUCAAGCUGGUCAUGGAUCUAGAGAAGGUUAGGACUUAUCCUUGGGGUCUUGUAGCUUUUGACCAUUUAGUUAGCUCUAUAGUGGAAGCAAGAAAGAAACUGAAGAACCCCAUUAGUUACAUCCUCAAUGGUUUCUCAUAUGCUCUUCAAGUUUGGGUUAUGGAAGCCAUUCCUCUCAUUGGACAACUUAUGGGAGAGAAGAUUGACACAGAGAUUACAGUUAGCCGAAUCUCUAAUUGGAAAGGUGCUGCUAAAGUAUCAUAUGAUGAGCUCCUCCUUGUAGAGAAAUCAAUUGGAAACAAGGAUGUUGUUUAUCCAUGCAUUUCCUCUACUGGAAACUUUGAUGUAUUGGAGUCCAUUGAAUAUUUGAGGGGUGAUGAAAUUAAAGAUUGUGAAGUGGACAACUUGGAAGCUUUGAUCAGAUCUGGCUAUGAUUUUGGAGAUCAUAUUUGGGAGAGUGGCGAAGGAUAUGGUGUGGAAGAUGAUAACAUUGAGGAUGUUGGUGUGGAACAAUCUCAGACUGUUGGAGGGGACAAUGAAGUUUCGGUUGGAGAGGAGAGUGGUGAGAAGCAAGCUAAUAUCCCAGAAGUGUCUAGCUUGAAGAAGAGGAAGAAGAAGCAAGUUGACCAUGGAGCAGAGACACGGAAAAGAAUGGUGCUAUCUCAGAGAGCAUCAACUUCACAUUGUUCAUGUGGAGAUGAUAUGAAGCGGUUCUUUAAGGAGUUAAUUGACUCUUCUUUCAAGAGCUUCACAGAGACCUUUGGGGAACGAUUGCUAACAAUGGAGAAAGAUGUAUCAGAUAUCAAGGCCUUGAUAUCCAGACCAGCAGAAGUGGAUCCUAAGCCAGCAGAAGUGGAUCCUAAGCCAGCAGUAGUGGAUCCUAGUCCAUCACGAGUGAAGCCCAAAACUUCGGUACGUAAGAAGUAGCUCAAUGCCUUGUUCGAUUGUAAUAUGUUGUGUGGUCUUUCCUUUUUGUUGUAUCCUUGUUUGUAUGUGUAUGUUGUAAACAUAAAUUA